UGAGGAACAUGGGGGGGUUCAUCCCAACAUGUUCAAACAGCACGGUGACCUCAGCAUUGAUCUGCAUCAUUGACAAUGCAUUUGCGUCUGACAGUGGGAAAUACUGGUGUGAAGCUGGAGGAGGAGAGAGAAGCAACACAGUCAACAUCACUGUCACUGCUGGGCCUGUGAUCCUGGAGAGUCCCGUGCUUCCUGUGAUGGAGGGAGAAGCUGUGACCCUGAGUUGCAGACAAAAGAAAAUGUCCAGCCUUGAUGCUCAUUUCUAUAAAGAUGGCCUCCUCAUCGGGAACAGCUCUACAGGAAACAUGACCAUCCACAAUGUUUCCAAGUCUGAUGAAGGACUCUACAAGUGUAACAUCUCUGGAGCUGGAGAAUCGCCAGAGAGCCGGCUGGCUGUCAGAGGCAUUGCUGCCAAGUAA